AUGAGCUUACAAUAAGACUACGACUACUUAUUCAAGUUAUUGUUGAUUGGUAACUCUGCCGUCGGUAAAUCCUCCUUGUUAUUGCGUUUUUCUGAUAACAUCUUUAAUGAUUGCUUCUUGCCAACAAUUGGUGUUGAUUUCAAAAUCAGAACUUUUGAUAUUUAAGGAAAAGCUGUUAAAUUGUAAAUUUGGGAUACUGCUGGUCAAGAACGUUUCAAAACUAUUACAUCAUCAUAUUACAAGGGUGCCCACGGUAUUAUUUUAGUUUAUGACAUUACCGACAAGCAAACCUUUAAGGAUAUUGAUAACUGGUUAGCUGAAGCUGACAAGAAUGCAAAUGAAAAUGUUAUCAAGCUUUUGGUUGGUAACAAGGCUGAUUUAGAAAGCAAGCGUCAAGUUACCUUCGAAGAAGGCAAGGAAUUAGCUGACUCAUUAGGAAUUAAAUUUAUUGAAACUUCAGCUUUGAACUCCAACAACGUCGAAACUGCUUUCAUCACCCUCGCUACUGAAAUCAAGAGCAGAGUAUAAAAGAACACUGAAACUGCCCCCAGAGGUGCAAAUGCCCAAACUGGCAAGACCAAAAUUAAAGCUGGUGACGAUCUCAGUAAUAAGAAGAAGAAAGACGGCUGCUGCUGA